ACCAGUCUCCCAGGCCAGAAGAAUCCUCACUCAGGUAGGACUACUUCUGGAUAUUUCCAGACUCGCAUCUGGAUGGCAGUUUUGGAGCUUAAAAGCUAAACAUUAUGUUAAUUUAUUCUGUGGUUCCUCCAGGACACUCCACCUUGGAGUCAUGCUGGGUUGGCUUCUCCCUGCCCCAGCGGGGAAGAGUCACAUGGGAAGGCAAAAUGAGGGGGAGGGGAUUCAGAACAGUUUCUAUUUUCCAUGUCGUCUUGCCUCCACAUCCCCACAGACUUGCUCUCACCCCGUGGCUCCUCCGUUUAAUCUCUGAAGCUGCCCUCCUCCAGGUGGAACUGUGUCCCCUCAGAUGGCAGUUCCUUCUAGUGAUGGCUCCUGGGAGGACAGGCCAGGACACGUGUGUCUCCAGGUUGCUGUGGAAGGAGGCUGUGGCCCUGAAGGUGUGUCCUGAGUCUCAGAGCCCCGAGCUUUGGUCCUGGGCUCCCACCCAUGGCCUGGCUGACCUGCUGAACUGUAAAGCAAAGUGCUCAAACCUACAGCUUUGGCAUUUUCAUCUGGAUUUCCCACUCCUAUCUAUGGGGCAACCUCAGGGAAAUACUUAACUACCCAGCUUCAGUUUUCUCAUCUGUAAAAUGUGGUCAGCAGUACAAUCCAAUAUCCCAUUUCUGAAACCUUUGGGUCUGCUCCAGAAUUCAGAAUUUUUCAGCUCCAGAUAGGUGACAUGGUGUAUCUACUCUAUAUCAUAUCACACUCACGGGGGUCUGAAAGCACCUUGUAAUCAGAUAUAUUAGUGUUUCUGCAACUGAACUUUUGAGCGUAAAUUGUCUCAUGUUUGUUCAGGUCAAAACUUGUUACCAAAUGAAUUUUUUCAAAAUUCUUUUUUCAAUUUUCUUAGCCUUGAAGGGUUGGGGUUGCAGAUAAGGACCAGCCUAACUUCUGUCUCCAUAGAUAAAGGUACACAGCUCAGAGAGAUAAAAUAUUCAUGGUUUGAGGCCAGACCAAACAUGGCUAUAUGGUUUGGGAUAAGACAAGUCUCCUGACAAGGCCAAGGCUGAUGGGUGGGGAGAAACAUUCUGGAGCGGCUGUGCAGUUACCCGAGUGUCUGAGCCAUUGGUUCCAACUCUGCAGAUCCUGAGCCUCAGCCCUCACAGGGCCCUGAGGCUUUUCCAGGCGUCUUGACUCCAGAGCUGGAUCUUUUUCUGGUGGGUCUCAGCAAAGACCACUGCCGUAUGGAUGACCUAGACCUGCACAACAUCACAACCUCCACAUGACCAUCCUCAGGCCUGGGCUCUCUGACCAUCAUCAUGGGCUACUUCCUCCGCCUGCUGCAGCUGCUAUCCACCUGCGUGGCCUUCUCACUGGUGGCUGGUGUGAGCACUUUGCAGGUGGCCGCAGGUAACUGGUCCAUAUUUGUCUGGUGCUUCUGCUUCGUCGUGACCCUCAUCAUCCUCAUAGUUGAGUUGUGUGGGCUUCAGCCCCGCCUCCACCUCUCCUGGGACGGCUUUCUCAUCACCAGCGCCUCCUGUGCCACCUUCUUAUGCCUCUCAGGCUCCAUCGUCUUUGCCACCGCCUGCAUCCAGUUGCUGCCUCACAGCGCCUUCGGCAACCAUGCCAUUGCGGUCACUGCCUUUUCCAGCCUUGCAUCUCUGGCUUAUGCCGCUGAAGUGGUCUGGACCUGUGCCUGGUCUGGAGAGUUCUCCUGCUCUGUGCUCACCUUGCCAGGCCUGCUUCACAGGCUGGAGAUCUUCGUGGCCUGUGUCAUCUUCGCCUUCAUCAGCAGCCCCCACCUGUACGUGCACCAGCCGGCCCUGGAGUGGUGCGUGGCCGUGUAUUCCAUCUGCUUCCUCCUGUCAGCCGUGACCCUCCUGCUGAACUGGUAUAACUGGGACAACAGGCUGCCUGUCCCCAUCCCCCUUGUGCAUUUGGGGCUGACCCUGCUCUCCGCCCUCCUCUAUGCCUCAGCUGUGGUCCUCUGGCCACUCUACCAGUUCAAUGGGGAGUUCGGCGGGCAGCCCCAGAGGUCCAGCGACGUGAGCUGCCAUGAUAAACUCACCUAUUAUAUGUGCACUUGGGACCAGCGACUGGCUGUGGCCGUCCUGACAGCCAUCAACCUGCUGAUUUAUGUGGUUGACCUGGUGGACUUGGCCCGCCGCUUUUUUUAUCAGCUUCUGAGGCUCUGCACCAGGCCCCCCGAUUCCCUCCUGUUGUCAGUGGAGGCAUCUUCACCAAGCUCAGUCGUCCUCUGAUGCCUCUUCCUGGCUCCCUCUCUCCCUCCUCACAUCCUUCCCCAUUCAUAUCACUCUAUUUUCUGUUUCCUUCCCUUCUUCUGCUGUGACUCCUUCCUGUCUGGUGUGGUUGCCCACAUUCUCUUUUGUCUCUUUCUCUUGCUGUUCCAUCUUUCCUAUAUUUUCUACUCUUUGUCCCUUUUCUGAUCAUUCUUAGUUUUCUCAUCUCCUAUGUCCUGACCACCUCUUCCCAUCUUCCUUCUUCUGAUCUGUCUGGACCUGAGACUCCUUCUUUCUCUGCCCACCGCCCCCUCCCACCUCCUAAGGUGCUGACUCCACAGCACACAGCCCUCUGUGCAGCUGUUCACACCCCCGGCCUCUGGAGGCUCUGGUUGUCUGUCACCCUGGCUGUGUCUUAGUUGGUACAGAUGUGUGGAGUGGGGUGAGUGCGGGUAGCUAGGGAUUGGACCCCCUUUCUCCCAGUGGAGGGGGUUGUACAGUGUCAUUGUUGUUCAGUCUCUCAGCCGUGUCCAUCUCUUUGCGACCCCCAUGGACUGCAGCACACCUUGCUUCCCU